CUGGUCGUGUGAUUUUUUUUUCCUCUUGGAACAUCCGUAUUCCCACCGCGUCAUCUUCUAAUCCUGUUUCCACCCUAUUCCCCACUGGACGCCAGACCAAGGAACGCCAAAAAGCGCAUGCAUUUCUUGAAUGCUAACGGUGGGAUGGACCUGUAUGCUAAGCUUACGCAUCCAUGACUACUUGUACUUCCAAGUGCUGAGUCCUGGGGACAUCCGGUACAUCUUUACAGCAACGCCUGCCAAGGACUUCGGAGGUAUCUUUCACACCAGGUAUGAGCAGAUCCAUCUCGUGCCUGCGGAACCCCCUGAGGCCUGUGGGGAGCUCAGCAACGGUUUCUUCAUCCAGGACCAGAUCGCUCUGGUGGAGAGGGGGGGCUGCUCCUUCCUCUCCAAGACCCGGGUGGUGCAGGAACACGGCGGGCGGGCAGUGAUCAUCUCGGACAACGCGGUGGACAAUGACAGCUUCUACGUGGAGAUGAUCCAGGACAGUUCCCAGCGUACAGCUGACAUCCCAGCCCUCUUCCUGCUCGGCCGAGAUGGCUACAUGAUCCGCCGAUCGCUGGAGCAGCAUGGGCUGCCGUGGGCCAUCAUCUCUAUCCCCGUCAACGUGACCAGCAUCCCGACCUUUGAGCUGCUGCAGCCACCCUGGACCUUCUGGUAGAAGAGCUGGUCCUAAGUUCCGACUAUAAGCAACUUGGGGUUGGGAGGGGAAACCUGGAUUUCAGCUAAUUGGGAUUUGGGGGCUGGGUGGGAACCAAGGAGCAAGGAAGAGACCGGGCCUUGGCUAGACUGAAGGAAGUUGCCACUGACCUUCUGUGUGCAAGCCCCAGGGUUUCUGGCUAGGAGGAUCUGGACAAAGGUCAACCGGCUACUUCCUACCUGGCUCUCGUCUCCCCCACUAAGGUCUCCUUCCAGUGCGGUUCACAGCACCUCUCCCAGCAGUUGCUGGUGUGUUGGGACUAAAAAAACCACCAGAGACUUUUUAGCAAUAAAGCUACCCAUCAGGUGUUA